GCCUGCGAGCCCGAGACAGGUCACCAGAAAAAGGAAAAUCAGAUUGUGUCAUGAGUUACUUACUUUGAACUACCGACUCCUCUCCUUUCUUUUGUUAGGGCUUGUUUAAAAUCUAUCCACUGCCUGACGAUCCCUCGAUGCCCACGGUCCCGCGCCAGUUCCGCAAACUCCCACCAAACAGCACAGAGGAGUGUCUGGUACGCGUGUACAUAAUCCAGGCCUAUGGCCUACAGCCCAAAGAUGCCAAUGGCAAGUGUGACCCCUAUGUUAAGAUCACGCUUGGAAAGAAAUCAAUCGAUGACCACGACAAUUACAUACCCUGUACUCUGGACCCUGUCUUUGGAAAAAUGUUUGAGUUGACCUGCUCUCUGCCUCUGGAGAAGGACCUGAAGAUCACACUCUAUGAUUAUGACAUGAUAUCAAAAGAUGAGAAAAUAGGAGAAACCGUCAUCGAUCUGGAGAAUCGCUUUUUGUCCCGUCAUGGUGCUCGCUGCGGCCUGCCACAGUCCUACUGUCUGUCUGGGGUUAACCAGUGGCGAGAUCAGCUGAAACCUACCCAGUUACUUCAUCGUCUGUGCGAGAGACGAAACUACAAGCUUCCGGUCUAUAAGCAAGAUAGAGUCUACUUCAGAGGACAGGAAUACACCGUUGCUGAUCUUGAUGAUGGAAAAGCUCCUGACCCUCACCUGGGACUGGUUCAGGAGCGUCUCGCUCUUUUGGUGCUGAGGAGGCAGGGGCUGGUGCCUGAAUACGUCGAGACAAGACCCCUCUACAGCCCCCUGCAGCCUGACAUAGAGCAGGGACGGUUACAAAUGUGGGUGGACUUGUUCCCUAAAUCUUUAGUCCCACCAGGGCCUCCGUUCAAUAUUACACCACGUAAAGCCAAAAAGUUCUUCCUGCGCUGUAUUAUAUGGAACACAAGAGAUGUUAUCCUGGAUGAUGUCAGUGUUACCGGGGAGAAGAUGAGUGACAUUUAUGUGAAAGGUGGCGGCCGCUUGAUGGCCGCCGCCCCGUGUCUACGGUAUAUCUCUGAUCAGGCCCAGGCCCCAACGGGAGCCCACCAAACCCCCUGA